AUGGCGAGCCACAGCCAGCCGCCGGCGCAGGAGUUCACCAGGGCCAUCGCCGACGCGGCCGCCGCCAGUGAGGAGCAGGAGCUAGUACCCCGUCCUAGUGCUGGGCACGGCGCCGCAUCACAGCCACAGAGACAGUGGGUCACGCCACCGGCGCCGCCAGCCGCCGCAGUUGUCGAUGCCGCGGAGGGGAGUGUACCUCCAGUGCAGCAAUUUGCUCCAACAACCUCAAUCUCUAAGCCUAAGGCAGUACAGAAUUUAAAACUCAAGAGGAAGAGCAUUGUCAUUGAUUUGAAAACUUUGUGGAGUAGAGCUGGGAAGAAAUCUAGAGCAUCUGCAGGGGCUCUACUGAACACAAGUCCAAUUGCAGAACAUGUUCAGGUUGACCAGCAAGUGCAGGUGCAGAACAAUUCCCCAUCGAAUCAACUUCAUAGCACUAUGAGCUCCCCUUCAGUUCAAAAUCAGCAGCAGCUACAGAUUGUUGGUGCCAUGAACACAAGUCCAAUUGCAGAACCUGAGAUUGAGCACGAAGCAAGCGAAGAAUCUGAAAAUAUAGAGGAAGAGAAUGACUCUGAAGAUGCAGUUUACGAUGUUCAGCUGCUUGACCCUAAUCCUGGGAAGAGGAUUGCUAUUGCAGAUUAUGAUGUUAAUGACCAGAACAGGAUUAGAAGAGGAUACAUUGCAAAAGGGGCUUGUCGACCAAAAAAGUAUGCUUUUCCACAACACCCUGCUGGAGGUAUGCGUCGAUUUGUAGCUAAAUGGUUCAAGUCUUAUAAAUGGCUUGAGUAUAGUAAAGAACUAGAUGCUGCUUUCUGCUUUGUAUGUUAUCUUUUCAAGGAUAAUUCACAUGUUGGUGGGGAUUGCUUUGUGAAUGGAGGAUUUCGAAAUUGGAAUCACAAGGCUAGUUUUGGCAAACAUGUUGGUGGGAUCAAUAGUGCACACAACAAAGCACAAGAGAAAUAAAAUUUCUUCAUUGCACCCAACACAACAAUCGUAGAGUCAUUUUCUUCAACCACCAAACAAGACAAGGUUCUAUAUAUAGCUCGCUUGACAUAUUCUCUUAAAUGCCUGAGGUUUCUUUUGGGUCAAGGGUUAGCUUUUCGUGGACAUGAUGAAAGAGAAGUUUCACUUAAUAAAGGUAAUUUCCUUGAGCUUCUACAUUGGCUAGAAGAGAAUUUUGAAGAAGUGAAUAAGGUGGUUCUUAAGAAUGCUCCAAAGAACAACAAAAUGAUAGCUCAUGAAAUACAAACAGACCUCAUCAACUCUUGUGCCAAAGAAACUACUAGGCUUAUGAUGGAAGAUCUAGGUGAUAGUUGUUUCUCAAUACUUGCCGAUGAAUCAAGUGAUGUGUAUCUACAAGAACAAUUGGCUCUUUGUCCGUGUUAUGUUGAUAAAAUCGGAAGGGUGGUUGAGAGGUUUCUUGGUAUUUUACAUGUUGCAAACACCACAUCUUUGACACUCAAAACAGCAAUUGAGAUUUUGCUUAUGGAACAUGGUUUGACCUUCUCUAGAGUACGUGGGCAAGGGUAAGAUGGUGCUAGCAACAUGAAGGGUCAUGUCAAUGGUCUAAAGAAACUAAUUAUGGAUGAGUCCCCUUCUGCCUAUUAUGUGCAUUGUUUUGCUCAUCAACUUCAGUUAUCUCUAGUUGCCGUUGCUAAGGAGAACCGUGAUUGUGUUUUGUUCUUUCAACAACUUGCUAAUCUAUUGAAUGUUCUUGGGAUGUCUUGUAAGAAGAUUAGAAUGCUUCGUGUGGCUCAAGCUGAACGGAUCAUUAAAGCAUUGGAAUUGGAGGAAAUUGAAACUGGUAAAGGCAUGAAUCAAGAGAUGGGUUUGAGUAGGCCGGGUGACACUCGAUGGGGAUCUCACCACAAAACUAUUAUGCACAUUCUCCGCAUGUAUCCUUCAAUCCGGCUAGUUCUCAACAAGUUAGUAAGAGACCCAACUCAAAGCAAUGAGGCUAUGCUUGCUGAAACUAUGUUGACAUAUUUUGAGUCAUUUGACUUUGUUUUCAUGGCACACUUGUUGCAAACCAUAUUUGGGCACACCAAUGACUUAAGUCGUGCUUUGCAAAAGAAAGAUCAAGACAUUGUUAAUGCUGUUGAACUCAUUCAUUUGACAAAGAUUCAAUUGCAAUUGUUGAGAGAUGAUGGUGGAUGGGAAACUUUCCUUGAAGAGGUCACUUCUUAUUGUGUCAAGCAUAAAGUCAAAGUUCCUCAAAUGUGUGGUAAGUACAAACCACCUGGAAGACCCUCAAGAUUCUACAAAAAUCUCACGAAUCUCCAUCGCUUCCAUGUUGAGAUGUUUUUGGGUCUUAUUGAUAGGCAACUUCGAGAGCUUGGAGAUAGAUUUGAUGAGGUAAACACUGAAUUACUUUAUUACAUGGGAUCAUUCAGUUCGGUAAAUUCUUUUGCUGCUUAUCAUAAGGAAAACUUGGUUAAGCUUGCGCAUCUUUAUCCUUUGGAUUUCACGGAGGAAGAUCUGAUGCAUAUUCCUUAUCAACUUACACACUUCAUUACUGAUAUGCGUAGAGAUGAGAGGUUUAGAAAGGUCAAAAACAUAGUCGACCUUUCUAUUAUGCUUGUCGAGACAAACAAGAGUGUCACUUAUAACCUUGUUUACAAGCUUCUCAAAUUGGUUCUAAUCCUACCAGUAGCAACAGCUAGUGUUGAGAGAGUGUUCUCUUCAAUGACUUAUGUGAAAAACAAGCUACGGAAUAAAAUGGGGAAUCAACUCUUGAAUGAUUGCUUGGUUACAUUUAUUGAGAGGGAAUUCUUUUUUGAAGUGAAGGAUGAUGUUGUCAUUUCUCGCUUUCAAGCCAUGACAAAGCGUAUGGUCGAGUUGUAAUUUUCUUAUCUAUUUUGUAAUUUUCUUAAUCUGUAUUGUGUUGCUGUGAACGAAUUGGCUCCUCUG